AUGCAGUACCAAAAGAAGAAGAUGGAGUGCAUUGAUUUUGUGUUUAUGGCUUUUUGUUUGCCUCUCUUGUUCAACGCCGUCACAACAAGUCGCCCGAUCACUGGACCAAAAGUAUUCGACGUUCGAAGAUAUGGUGCUAAAGGUGACGGUAAAACGGAUAAUACCAAUGCAUUCACAAAUGCAUGGAAAGAUGCAUGCACAUGGAAUGGACCAAGCAAAAUGUACAUACCGAAAGGAAGAUUCUAUCUUGGUGGUGUAACGUUUGGAGGACCAUGCAACGGUAAGAUCUCGUUUGUCAUCGAUGGAACUUUGUUGGCUCCUCCGAACAACGACGACAUUAAAAAGGAAACGUGGAUCAACUUCCGCUACAUCGACUAUCUCACGGUCUCCGGGGGUGGCACCGUCGACGGCCAAGGAAAAAGGUCUUGGUCACUAAAUGACUGUCACAAGAACAAUAAUUGUCCUAAACUUGCUAUAAAUAUGGGGUUCGAUUUCGUAAAAAAGUCAAGAAUGAAUGGGAUAACAUCACUCAACAGCAAAGCAGGACACUUAAAUUUCUUCUCCGUUGACCACUUCGACAUUACCGGAGUCGGCCUGAAAGCUCCCGGCAAUAGUCCCAACACUGACGGGAUCAAAAUAGCUUUAUCAAGUAACAUGCAAAUCUCAAACACUCACAUCAGCACCGGAGACGAUUGUAUCGCAAUGCUCUCAGGAAACACAAAUUUUGAUAUCUAUAAUGUCACGUGCGGACCGGGACAUGGGAUCAGUAUCGGAAGCUUAGGAAAAAACAAAGACGAGAAAAAUGUUAAGGGUUUAACGGUUAGAGAUUCGGUCUUUACCGGUACGACCAACGGUAUACGGAUCAAGACAUGGGAAUCUUCAGCUUCAACCAUCGUAAUUUCCAAUCUCGUAUAUAAGAAUCUACAGAUGAUAGAUGUUGAAAGUCCUAUCAACAUUGAUCAGAAGUAUUGUCCUUACCCGCCCUGCAAUAAAUUGGGAGAUUCUCACAUUCAGAUCCAAAACGUGACAUUAAAGAACAUUUGGGGAACGUCGAGGAACAAAGUGGCUGUGAAAUUUCAAUGUAGCAAAAGCUUUCCUUGCAAAGAUGUUCAAUUAGUUGACAUUAACUUAACGCACAAUGGAGUCGACGGUCCUGCUAUUGCGUUGUGUGAUAACGUUGAAGGAUCUGCUACUGGCAGGAUAAUUCCUCCGCAUUGUCUAAAUUGA